UUGGUAUUGUCCAUAAAACAGGCUUGUCAGACAUCAAUUGUUAACUGCUCAGACACCUCCCCCUUUGCAUUUUGCUGUUCAUCCAGCAGUAGGCGACGAAAGAAUACAGACCAAAUCAGAGAGAUUUGGAAAGAUCCAGAGCUAGAACACAUUCCCCACAAGGCGGGAGAUCUCCGCGAGAGUCGAAGCGCAAACCAGAACACCACGCGGUACACGUUCAAACAGACCAGCGCGACUCACCAGCUGCUGUCUCCCUCCACUGUUCACUACAUCACGAGAUCAACCGGACCAUCGGUUCAUCCAGUUCCAGAAAGGCUCAUCUCACCAGAACUGGGGAAACACAGGAGCAACAGGGAGAUACCGAACUGGAGGUGGAUAUGCUUGGUCAGUGGCCCAGCAGAGUGUCAUCAAGGUGGGUCGAGCUGUGAGGACAGUGGGCCUCUCUCUGGUGGGUCAACCCGCAACGCUGUCUGCUCCAGCAGCCUUCGCUCCCAGUCCCAACUACUGUGUUUGCCAGGUCCAGGCCGCUUCCAUCCAAGGCAAGACCACGUCUCUCCCAGGCCAGCUAAGAGUGGGUUAGCCUCAGCCCAAUAUACCUGUUCUCCCAGCCCAGCCCAGAAGCAGCUCCACUGUAGAUUCCAGGAGCAUGGCCUUCACCCUGUCGGAAAUAAUGGCAGCACGGCGGCAGCAGCAGUCCCAGGCCCAGCGGACAGCAGGCAGGGCCGCAGUAGAGGUGGAUGAGUACAGCACCAAUCCCACCCAGGCCUUCACCUUCUACAACAUCAACCAGGGACGCUUCCAGCCCCCGCAUGUUCACAUGGUGGACCCCCUUCCCCAUGACACUCCAAAACCGCCGGGUUACACUCGUUUUGUAUGUAUCUCAGAUACUCAUUCCCGUACGGAUGCCAUACAGAUGCCCUAUGGAGACGUGUUCAUCCACGCUGGUGACUUCACUGAGCUGGGUCUGCCUUCGGAGGUCAAGAAGUUCAAUGAUUGGCUAGGUACCCUGCCCUACGACAUAAAGAUAGUGAUAGCGGGGAACCACGAGUUGACAUUUGACCAGGAGUUCAUGGCUGAUCUGAUCAAACAGGACUUUUACUACUUCCCAUCGGCCUCCAAGCUGAAACCGGAGAACUAUGAGAAUGUGCAGUCAUUGCUCACCAACUGCAUCUACCUGCAAGACUCUGAGGUCACCGUGAGGGGCUUUCGUAUCUACGGCUCCCCCUGGCAGCCUUGGUACUAUGGUUGGGGGUUCAACUUGCCAAGAGGUCAGGCUCUACUGGACAAGUGGAACCAGAUUCCAGACUCCACCGACAUACUGGUCACACACUGCCCCCCACUGGGUUUUCUCGACUGGGUCCCAAAGAAGAUGCAACGUGUGGGCUGCAUGGAACUUCUUAACACUGUCCAGAGGAGAGUGCAGCCCAAAUUACAUGUGUUCGGACACAUCCACGAAGGUUAUGGCAUGAUGACGGAUGGCACCACCACAUUUAUCAAUGCCUCUGCGUGCACCGUCAACUUCCAGCCCAUGAACCCGCCAAUCGUCUUCGACCUGCCCAAUCCCACAAGGAGCACAUGACUAGAGAAGCCCCGUCUGCCAGCGCCCCACUCCAAUCAGGAGCCUAUUGGUGGGAAGGCAGGCAGGUAGGUGAGGUUGCAGGUGCGGUGGAGAGCUGUAUAUAUCCAAAGCGUUAACAUAUGCUGUGUGUGUAGGACAACAAACACAUGCUCGAGUCUCUUACGGACAAUUAAGUAUGUUAAGAGACAGGCGCAGUGACCAAUCAUCCUUUGGCAUUCCUGCUGAUGUGAUUUUUAUGUACUGUUGUUCCUUUAUCUAGACACAAGCUCGUGCAAAUGGAAAGUAGGACAAAAGGUGUGCUGGGGAAACCAUCAAAUGCCUCAACGUGUCAGCAUUACUCUGUGAAUCUACUGUUUGCCUUCUUGUCAACUGACAACUUUACAUUAUUAUCAGUCAGGGGAGAGGAUGGGGGCGCCAACGGAUUGGAUCCACCCACUUGUUUUUCUCUUAAGUCAAUGAUGGUCAUUCCACCUGAAGGCAUGAAACAUAUUUACUACUGGACUGGACCCUGUUAUUCUCUCUUUGAGGAUACUGCUUAACGAACCAGUGGAUGUUUGUCGUUGCUCGUGUUAGGAGAAAACCUGGUCUACCUACCAAUGGAGACAUUCCCUGAAUACGACUGCAGAGUUGUGACACACCUGACAGACCAGACCUCACCAUCACUUCACCCAUGCCGCACCCCAAUGGGUGAUAGAGAAUGUACUUUCCAAUACAUAAAUAUGUCAGUUCCGGUACUGUAAAUUUAAAUGCUGGUUUCCCAUCAUAUCUCUUUUUUUCUCUCUCACACCUAUUUUCUCUGUCUGGCCCUCUCUCAGAUCAAGAACACACUGGUGUGUGUGUUAUGUGUGUAUGCAUUUUUCGAGGGCAGCAGGAGGUCUCUGCCACGGAUUGUGUGUGUGUGUAUAUAUGUGACUGUCAAACGUGUUGCCACUGCUCUAUUGGGUCUCAUUACAAACCGCAGUAAGCCUCUUAACUGGGGAAAAGAGGAAGACAAAUCGCUUAUCUUCUUCAUUACCCCCCUUCUCCUCCCUCAUUUCAUGUGUAUUUAUGAUAGCCCUCUCAUCCCUGGCUUGUGUGUCCUGAUCCAGACCAGUUUAUUCUGGGUUCACCGGCCAGGAAGUCUGUUUUAUUAUGAGUAAAGAAUGCUGGAAUUAUAUAAUUCCCAGCCGAGCAGAUCGGGAAGCAUGUUUGCUGCUGACCGUGCACUGGAGCAUCAAUGUUUGUUUCCGGAACAAGAAGGUGUUAGUGUACUGUAACUGAUCAAAAGGUUGGAAGUGUGAAUCUACAUCUCGUGUCGUAAAAAAAAGGAAUGAAAAAAAUACUUGAAUUUUUUUCCUCCAGUAUGAACGUUUACUUAAAACAUUGGCAUUAUUUUUAAAAGUUGUGAAAUAUGUUUGUGUUGUUAAAAAAGAGGCAGUGCAGAAACAAUGUAUUUAUUUGAUCCUCGGUUCAAUUCUUUCUGACAGUCAAGUAAAUGCUUAUUACUUGUAUAAUAUUGUGUGUGUGUUUUGGGGGGUUUGGUUGCAUAAAGGGGGUUAACAUGUAGCUAUUAUUAACUGUUUCAUGUCGUCCCGCAAUUGUCUACAUAAAGAGGAUCUCUUUUUUUCUUACUUAAAGCACUUGUGAAUGAGCUUCCUUCAUCAGGAAGUGAGAGUCUUGGACUAACCGGCUGAGCUCAAUGUGUGGUUAGCAUAACAAGACCACAUUCCUCUUUGAUCUCUCAGACUUUAUAUAUUAACAUCGCCUCCGGCUACGCUUUAUUCCCAGGAUCUCUGGUGUUUCACUGACUGCUGUUCUGGACAUCAUUGCGUUGUCUGUGUUAUGUUUUCAUUGGGCAGCUGUGUGGCCUGUUUAAUACAAAGAAUAGAAUAGAAUGUUUUCAGAUUGUAAUGUUGUUUGUGUGUGUAUCUGUGUGCAUAGGAGAGACAGUGUGUGUGUCUGGAUAGAGCCUGCAUUCUGAGAACCAUACUGAUCAAGACCGAAAAAAGGGUCAAGUUUUUGCUCUAAUAUUUCUACUGUAACUUUAAAAUGCCUCGUUUUAUGCACUGUGCCUCAAUUGCUGUAUUCUCUGUUUCCUGUUACUUUUUUUAGUUUUUUCUCUGAAGUUCUGCUGUUGUAUUUCUCGGUUGGUUCCUUGGGGCAUGCCGUUCUAAUCUAAGAAUGUUUAGUUCUGUUUUUCAGAUAACAAUAUGCUUGUAUUGUAUACUGUAGUGAUCAUUGUUUGGGAUAUACUGUUGGGCUUUAAUGAUGUACAAUAUUUUUUAAAGCGAUACUGUUGCCCAAUGAAGCAACUCUGUAAAUGAAAAAUACCUUUCUUAAAACAUCCUGCUUCUGGUUUUCUGAGAGAACUAUCUACACAAAUUAAAUUAAACCUUACCCGAAUCCAU